ACCAUCGGUAUUUAGUGGUGUUAUACCUCCGGAAGUUUAGCCGGUGUAGGGGUAACUUUUGGCGGUAACUGCGCACGGAACUUCAGUUGAACAGCUGAUCGCCCAACAGAGCAGAAGUGCACAGCUAGAGGAGCAAACAACCAAUUGCUAAGUAUAACCCACUCUUAUCCCGUUUUGUUAGGCAGAGAAAACAAGGUUUACAAUAAUGGCGACGAGGAUAUAAAUUGGAUUACGCUGGCAGAAUUUUAUUUGGUAGAAGGCUGCUAAAUUCACCUUAGGAUUUUUUCGCGUGGAAUUUUCUACUUAGGAAAAAAUUCAAGAACAGCCUUACUACAUUAAUAUUACAGUGUUUUCUAAACACUAAACCAGCUCUGCCUGAAAUAAAGUUGAUAUUGAACAGAAAGAGGCUUUCACGACUUUCAGUCUAAAGUACUCUCUGUACAUCAACAAGUGGUUCUACCAUUGGUUCUACCAAGCUAAGAUAUAUCUAGCUGUAGGUUUCUGACAAGUAAUUUAUUACUUUCUGGGUAAGGAAACCUCUGUCUCUGCGAAAGUCUCCCAUACUCAAUAAAGCCCUUUACAGGUAUAACAAGAUAGAGUGGACGUCUACAGGACCCACCUAUACAUAUUGAAAGACACUGCAGAUUAUAGUCAUGGCUGAGAAAUUGAACUCGACCAAGGAUUUUCAAGAAGUAGUGGAUGAAUACCUGGCUGAAAGACGUGUGUUCAAACCUGCAGAAGUGUUCGUAAAAGAACUUUCUCUUUGCCCGAGAUACAUCGGAGGGCCUGACAGAUCAGCAAAGUUGCUUGAUGCCAUGCUGAAAAUGGUCAACUUGGUUAAAGAGAAAAGGGCAGUCCUCCGUAACCAGAAGUCACAUGACCAGUGGUUAAAAUCAGCAGCCCAGGCUAUGGAAACCUAUUGUGUGGCUAAUAGGGACUGGAUUUCCGAACACGUGUGGAAACUAAAAGCCCGCCCAGUAGUCGUCUCCCAUGAUUAUGAUCCUGAACGGGGUAGAAAAGACAUUCGGUAUAUGAAACCAACCAGUGAAGCCCCGUCAGAAGACAAAUGUCUUGAAAAAGAAGAGGGAGAGGAAAGUACGGGCGAGAUUAGUCUGGAUCUAGAGGAAGACUUGUUGUAUUUGUUGGAUACGCCAAAGUCAAAAACAUCAGGCGGUCGACAGGAAGCAUCCAACAUGGAAGUCGAUCAUCCAGAAGCUACGGUUAAGUUGGCACCAAGUCCAAGAAGGUCACCAAGGUUAAACAAGGGAAAGGUGAAAAUCUCUCCUAUCAAGGCACCUUUGGACGAACCAACAAAGUCAAAAAAGACCGCAGCAGAGGUUUCCACAAUUGCAGGGAAGAAAGCCCAGGCAACUGGACUUUACAAGAGUAAGACACACGGCGAUUCUAGGCAAAGAAGGCAUUCCACAGAUCCAAGGACUAGUAGGAAUGAAAAAGCUCCCAGUGCUGCCACUGUGGCUGAAACCACAGGAAAAACACCAGAUUCCAGGGUUCCUCUUGAUGCUUCCAGCUCCAAGAAGGAAAGGAAACAUGAGACAGCACUGCCGGCUUCAUCGGUCCCAGAGCUCAAACGUACUGUGACAGUAGAAAAGGGAAAGUCUGUGCAAGCACCCCAACCCAAGGUGGGAAAAAGAAGUGCCACAGAACUGCCUCCUAUAACAAUAUCAGUACCUGUUUUGAAGAAAACGAAGACUGAUGACCUACUGCGUCAGGUGCGUAAAACCGUUGAUGAAGGUCGAAAGACAAGGGAAAGAAGGAAGUUCGAGUGUUGGAUUCCGGGUUGUUUGGAACCAUCAACAUACCCGAAAGUUCAUGCAUUCGAACAUCAUAUUCCAGAGGUCUUUGACGAAAGACUCAAACCUGACGAUGAAAGAGUCCUUCGAAGUAGACGAAAUGCCUUGAAUCAAGCGGCUAGAUGGCUUCUGGGCAGACCAGCAACAUUGGACGAACUAGUCUCCUUCGUGGUUAUCCAGAAAGUUCUGAGCGCCGCGGAUAACACCCGUAUCUCAGAAGUACAGAAGGAAGCCAUGAAGCAUAUGUGUACCUUUCUUCGGGUCCAUGUUCCUGAUCAAUUUACACUGGAACCAGCAAAUUCCCCCGCUGUUCUGAUACAUUGGAGAGCUGUUUUGUUAAUAGCUGCCACUUUACAAGAGGACGAAAGACGCUAUUGGCAGGACAACUACCCAGCCCCGGAAGGCGUAGAAAAGGUACAAAGGGUCGAGCCAGAAGUAAAACUACCAGAGGCCUUCGAUAGCCAUUUCCACUUGGAUCGAACUCUGCGAAAGUUGCAUCUGUCCGAUGGUACUUUGGAGGAUAUUUUCAACAAAGUCUCAGUGGACAAUGACAAACGUGUCAAACUAGUUGGCACUGUAGCCGUCUACUGUGACCCAGCAUCGUAUCCUUCCGAGCGAACUUUAUCUUCAUUACCAGAGGAUAUGUCUGUGGCAAUUGGAUUUCAUCCAAAACAUGCCAGCAGUAGCCAUCGCAGACUGAAUGAGGACAUUAAACACAUGUUGAGGCUCUUGCGUCAUCCUAAGGUCUCGGCAUUUGGAGAAAUAGGCAUAGACCACACUGAGCCUAGAAAAGAUUGGUCCUACCAAGUGGAUUUACUGGAAAAGAUCUUGCCAGAGCUCCAGGAUCAGCAUGUAUUGAUUGUACACUGCCGUGGAAUGAGAGGCGACUGCGGAACAGAAGCUUUUCUACUUCUACUGCACUUUUUGAAGAAGUUAGUCCGCACCAAUCAUCCCAUUCAUCUCCACUGCUUCGCAGGUAAUCAGUAUGUGUUGAAAAGAUGGUUAGAGGUGUUUCCACGAACAUACAUUGGUUUCACCAACAUGGUCCAGUCGUUCGAUCCAGAGCAAGUUGCUGCUUUAUGCGCCAUUGAAGAAAACAGGUUGCUCCUGGAAUCUGACGCUCCAUACUUCAAGACGAUGGGAACCAAUGUAUCGUCUCCAAGCCAGCUCUACGCUGCUGCCAUGAAUGUGGCUCAACACCGAGGAACAACACCAGAACGAAUCCUGGAAAUCACAGUAGCAAACGCACAAUGUUUGUACCACGACCAGUUCCAGUAAGACGCUUCAGUAGACAGAGACGUAGCUUUCAGCACGUCAAAGAUACUGAAUAAUAAAGCCUAGAAUUAAAUAAGAAGUUUGACAGUAAUGCUUUUAGCCAGCUGUUCUACUUGCCAAGGGUAUUCAUAUUUCAAAGCAUCCAACAUCAGUACCAAGGGUUCCACAGAGCUUCCAGCCUGACUGGGAAACCACAAAAAUAGUGUGAUGCAACACUGACCACUACAGACGACUUUCAGUCCACCUCCAAUAGAUCGAAGAGAUCAUGGGUACUUUCAGUCCCAUUGACAGCAUUUCUCCCAUACUUGACUGAGCCCUUCCUUAUAAAGUUGGGGGGAGUGUUGUGACGGUACUCCAUCUAGCGGACACCAUCGGUAUUUAGUGGUGUUAUACCUCCGGAAGUUUAGCCGGUGUAGGGGUAACUUUUGGCGGUAACUGCGCACGGAACUUCAGUUGAACAGCUGAUCGCCCAACAGAGCAGAAGUGCACAGCUAGAGGAGCAAACAACCAAUUGCUAAGUAUAACCCACUC